AGAAGAUGGUUUUCAGGUUUCACUCUGUAUCUUAGACGCAGCCUCUAAACACGCUGUUCAGGCCUUCUUUGACUGCCUGAGAGCGGAGGUGGAGGAGUACGGCAUCUCCGUCAGCACCAUCAGCCACAACUUCAUCAGCUGCUCUGCGUCUGGAGCCCCGGCCACCUCCAAAUCCCUGUGGUCGUUGUUGUACACUAAGAAGCCCCUCGGCGUUUCUCCUGAUGAAGCCGCCGCGGAGAUUGUGAAGACUUUAAACAAUAAGAGGAAAGAGGUGGUGAUUGCUCCCUCGCUCCCUAAGAUGGCCAUUUACGCCAGGUCCUUUUUCCCAAAUGUGUUCUUUGCUGUGAUUGGUGCAGGGGUGAAGAACGCCGCCAUCGCCGCUGAGAUGUAGAUACUGCCUCAGCACCGGGAUGAUGGGACACAUGACAUGAGGUUUUUAACAAAUCAGUGGAAGUCAAAGAUAUUUUAAUGAUCAUUUGAUGUUCGUGCGCAUGGCGCAACAGUCCCAGAUUUAAUCCACAUCACAUUAUCUGUUGCUGUUGGUUUAAUUGAAUUGUGGGAAAAUCAGCGAUAUGAUUUUCAUGAAUCAUGAAGCUGCCACACAGAGUGGGGGCCAACAGGGGUCCAACAACAAAUGUUUGCCUCUGAGCUCCUAAGUGGGUAAAUCCAGCCUGUGGAUUAGUGUUUUGUCUUAUACUCAGAUUUGUGUGUAAAAUAUUGAUUUUCUUCAUUUUAAUAAACAGAGUUUCCUUAAAACUCAACAAUCAGGAGUUACAGGACUUAUAGCACUUACUCAUAUUUAUAAAUGUUCACUUCUUCUUUAGUUUUCAUAGCAUUUCUAUCAGAAAGUGACGUAUUGAAGAGAUUAUGCAUCUGUUGCUGAAUUUGUGGACCUAUUGUUGUAGGUGGUUGUUUUUGUUUGUUUGUUUGUUUUUUUAAAAAAAGGCUUGUUGACAUAUUAUUGUUGGCACCGAGAUCAGAUGUAAGACUAUGGACAAAUGUUAUUUUACAGGUUUGGAAUUUUCACAUGAUCUUAGAAAGAAUUUCCUGAAAAUGACCACAUAAUUUAGUACUUAUUAUGGCGACAAUGGAAUUUUUAUUGUAUUUAAACUAUAAUCAAAGUAUUAACUAUUACAUAUUAUUAAAAUAUGAACUAAGUACUCAUUAUUCAUUCAUCAUGAAAUGUGUCAUUUACUGUAUGAGUCAUGGUUUGAAGUGUAAUAAUUACUUUCACUACUGCCACUGAAAAUAAAUUUGUUAUAAAUGUAUAUUUAUAAAUAAAUUCUACAAAUAACAAGCUUGCAAAAA